CACUCGUUAAAAACAAUACUCAGCACGGAGAACAGUGAAACAACAAAGACUGUAAUCGACUAUCUUCGUCGCACAAGACUCUACAUGAGGAUUUAAUCCAACCAAUGGCGAUCUACAAAUGACCUGUGGAGGGCAGCAAUACGCCUCUGAUGCGUCUAGUCUGCCGCAAAUUCCAAAAAAAAAAGAAAUAGUCAGUGCAUGGUGUUUAUGGAGUGCCCGUGGCACGGAGAAGAUCGUCCUAUCAUACUGCCUUGAAUUAAGUAAAGAAAAAAAAGAAAAAAACGGCUCUCGGACGGGAGCCGCCUCUUAUUGUUCACUUAAAAGAGCCGGCUCUUUAAACCGGCUCGUUCGGGACCCACACAUCACUACUGCUUUAAGCUUUUUUCGUUGAGUUUAGUUUAUGAAUGUGUCACAGGCAGCGCAGCGCGUGUUAUCAUAUAAAGCGACUGCGUUCUGACUCAUUAUUGUAAAAUUGUUAGUUUUCUUUGAGUUCAUGUGUUUGUGUGAUGACUGGUGAGAGCAGGAGGAGGGGCUGAGCUGACAGCAGGAGGAGGAGGAGGAGGAGGAGUGAGAACAGAUGAUGAUGUUAGAGUGAUAGAGACCCACCACGGUAUGAAAGCUUCUUCCUUACUCAACAGAAGGAGCAACUGCUCUAUUUAUAUUUCUGCUUGGCUAAAUGAAAUGACAACUUGACACGUCUGAUAGCUGCAUCUCCUGCUGUACUUGUGUGCAGGUGGGUUCGUCAGAGGAAUCAUAACCUCAGAUGGGUCAAGCACUGUGGAGGCUGCCUCCCAGACAACAGCAGCAGCUUCAGGAAGAGCUUGCGGACCGACUGGCUGACGAAAGAGGAAGACGAGAGCAAGGGAGAGAUGGAGGUCCCCAGAAAAGAGCUCCUCAGCAGUGUUAUGGCCCCGACAUCUACCAUCUGUUAAGAACACGCAUUGGAGGUAAGGAACAGCAUGGUUUUAUAGAUUUGGAGAUGUUGCCGCCUGAAUUAGGCAUCACCAUCCUGUCGUACCUGAAUGCUACCGAUCUGUGCCUGGCCGGCUGUGUGUGGCAGGACCUGGGAAGUGACGAAUAUCUAUGGCAGGGGCUGUGUAAGUCCACUUGGGGACACUGCUCCAUCUACAACAGAAGACUACCUGCUGGUUUCUCAUAUAGAAGACUAUACCUACAACUAGAUGAAGGCUGCCUGACAUUCAAUGCUAACGCACAGGAGGGUAUCAGUUACUUCAUGUCUAAAGGUAUACUAGUGGAUCAUGCGACAGAGCUGGCUAAGUUCAUCUUCUACACGAGACGGCUCAACUGGAAGAAUCUGAGGGUUUACCUGGAUGAGAGGCGGGACGUCCUGGACGAGUUGGUGACCCUCCAUAACUUCAGUAAUCAGUUCCUCCCCAACGCUCUGCGGGAUUUCUUCAGACACAUCCACGCACCGGAGGAGAGAGGAGAGUAUCUAGAAACCCUCAUCACCAAGUUCAGCCACAGGUUUUGUGCCUGUAACCCUGGCCUUGUCCGAGACCUGGGCCUCAGUCCUGAUGCCGUGUAUGUGCUGUGCUACAGUCUGAUCCUGCUGUCCAUCGACCUCACCAGCCCCCACGUCAAAAACAAAAUGUCCAAGAGGGAGUUUAUCAGGAACACUCGCCGAGCGGCACAUAAUGUCUCGGAUGACUUUGUAGGCCACCUCUAUGACAACAUAUACCUGAUUGGCCACGUGGCUGCGUAGCUCCACACUACGCAGCGGUCCGGUCCAGAUCCUCGUACAUGCACUGAAGAACAGGAACUGGUGAUUGGGUUCCUGUACGUGUCUGGGAAGUAUGGAACAUUGUGGAAAUGGAUUUUUUACAAUUUUCAUGACAACCAGUAAAUCUUAUUAGAGAGGUUCGAAUGAAAUUCACCACUGCACUGUGAGAGAGACUGUGCUACCAAAUAUUAGUAAUGUUAUUAGAUUUUAAUCAAAGGUUUGAAACAUCUGAAAUGUCUUUCAAACCAAGUCGCCGCAAAGAAGAAGGUUUUUAUAGUGAAGACGAGCUCUGAUACUGCACUGAUGGAUGGUGACUACUGAUUGGUGGAGGGAGGAGGAGGAGGAGGAACACUGACGCCCUCGGCCGGUCACAGAUGCCGGGACAGUCCUGCUGAUUUCUUAUUGGACAGCUGCUUCGUGGUCACCAGUGGGACAAACACCGGUGACCGUUAUUGUGAAGCGACACACGAGACGUUAAUACAAGGCGAACACGAGACCACUCACUAAUAUCACCAGUAGCAUUUACCAGUGUAACUGAUGACACAGGUUACAUUGGAGCUAUUCUGCUAAUCAGUUGACCUUGAUGCGUUGUCCAGUGGUAACAACCAGAAUGUCCAAGUGUCAAGAUUCAACUUUUUUUUUCUGUGGCUCAUAAUGAAUGUUUUUUUUUUUUUUCUUUUUUCCAUUUUAUGAGUAAAAUGAACAACACAACACUUUCAUAUUCUUAUCCUUAAUCUCACUUACUUUUUUUCUUUGAGGUUCGCUUGUAUGUGUUCCAAGUCAGAGUCACUAAACUGCACAAAUGGCUCAGUCUGAUGAAUGUCACCUGUUCAUGAGGAGGUGUGGGCUCGUGAUGAGAUUUGGCAGAAUCAAUACCCUUAAAAUUGCCAUAUAAGGCUACCUGUUGUUUCACUUUGUUUGUGGGGACGUUUCAUUCACAAAAAUGUUAAGAAAGAGUAAAAAGAAGAAUUUCAUACCGCAGAGCUUCAAGUUCUGUGGUCAGAAAUAUGCCAAUAAAAAUCUCAGUAAAUUGGCAGGCGAUGAUGAUGAUGAUGAUGAUGAUAAUAAUAUAAUGGACAGAAUAUGAAUUUAGCAUCAAGUUUGGUUUAGUUGUGCAUUUUAUUUGAGUUGAUUUCAGGCGCAUAUUUAAACUACACAUUAGAAUUCUUAAGUCAAACAAGCAUUUUUUUCUGUACAUGACUCGUACGACGGGUCUGGUCCACUUGUGAAUUUUGUUUGUACCUGAGAGAAAAUUCCAAGUAGAAGAAAACUGACAAAUGUUAAAUUAUUUAACAUAUAUAUGUAAAUCCUAAAAAACAAAUUAAUUUGUUUGUUUCCUAAUAAAUCUGAUGGUCUGAUAGAGGUAAAAGCAAAGUAAAAUACACACAUAGUAUUUUCAGUGUUGUGGGAAACAACUGGCUAAUAUUCUGUGCAAGCUUUUGUCCAGAUUAGGAUUGAAAUUGAAUGUAUUAAAACAGUUUUGUUUAUUCGUGACAUUAGGGAAAUGUAUAAUCGCAGUGCUUUUGAAGGUGACAUGCAGCAGCUUCUAUGUUAUUCUGCUUUAUGAGGACGGUAAAUACUGCAGUAUUUAGGAAGUCGACGAAAUGGCUGAAGUCAAGUGUAGAGAAAGACGACGUUAAGUGAAGUAAAAUUAAGAAUUUUCAUCAUUCUGACUCUUGAAUUGUUACAGAAGGACAACACCACUGACUGAAGUCUGUGGACGUGCAGUAAAUUGUAUGAGAUUCAUGUAGUUCUUGUGUUUUUCAAAAUAAUACUGCUAUAAUUUAAUAUUUUUGCACAAUGCACACAUAUUUACCACCCUAAUUACCACAGCUUUAGCUUUAGUCCCUGAAGUCAAAGGCUUCCAUUGUUUUCAACACAGCUAUUGCUGCCAUGACAUAAUAGCAUAAUCCAUCAAUUUAAAUUAGACAUGUAGCAUUAUAAUGACUGUAAAACACCACGACCACUGCAGCCGUAACGCUGGCAAAAGUGGUGUCAUUCUUCCAGAACUGAAAAUGAAAAUAUUCUUAUUUAACACUAUAAUUAGCAGUGUGUACAGUAAUAGGUCAAAUAUAUAUGUGCAAUUUGAAAUGAUGGAUUACAUUUGUCAGUGCAGGAAUAUAUGCGAGUUGUUUUUAAUGGAUUAUUACAUCUGGAGGAGAGAAGAUGUGGCGUCUGACAUUACUGUGUAAGUGUGUAAAAGCCAAAGUGGAGAAAUGGAAGAAAACUUAAGUCUGGACAUAUUGAUGACUUCAAACCUUCAGAUACGUGACAUAUUUUCAGCUGUAAAAUCAGUUUAUAACAAUGAUGACCUGCAGCAUGAUAGUCACUGUGUGCUAAUAGCUUCAAGUCCCAGCAGCCAGCAUGUAGCCGCAGCUAACAGUGACGCGUCACCACGGUCACCGAAUGUAACCAUAGGAACCGACAGGAUGACAGAGAAGCUUUUUUGUUUUAAUUAAAGGUUUCUAUCAUAACUUAGAUAGCGAGUUGCAAUGCAACCAGCAUUUAUUUAUGUUUUGAUUUGUUUUCUAUCCAAGUAGAUUCUGUUAUAAGAGCCUCUUCAUUAGAUUGUAAAUCUAAUCUGACUGGCUGAACAUGAAUGGUAUUGAAGAUUCAUUAUUGCUGAUGAUGCACUCUGAUUUACAACUAUAACUUCAUUGUUUUCAAUCAUGAAGGAAAUCCACUUUCUGUUGUGUUUGUGUUUUUUCUUUGUGGUAACAGUACUACUACAUUUUAUGACUGACACACAAUGUACUGAGGAAUUGUACCAAAUAUUUGACUCAUUAAACCUGGGCUUGAUUUUA